AUGGCGACUGUGCAGUUUACGGGCUCUUCCUGCAUUGGGGAAAGGAGGAUGGCCACAGUUGCCAUGUCCCAGUACGAGGGACUUCGCCCUUCUGCUUUCAGAGUCUCCACUUCUCUGGGUCCCUGCGGCGCAGGGCUCCCCCGGGUGUCCUUCCGAAGGCUUGUUGUAAGGAGCGCUACCGUCGUCGCACCAAAGGUACCCAUGCUUUCUGGACAUUUCAGGUUUCAGCCACUUGUUGUCUUCAUUUGUGCGUGAAUUUGAAGUAGACUCGUGAGCUGUUUAUAGCGUCGUGCUCCUUUCGUGUUUUAUUCUUCCUCCAAUUCUAUACGACAACCAUUUGCGCUGCAGUUUAUUUUAUGUACGUGGAUUCAAAUUUUCCGGGUCACAUUUAUUCUUCGGUGAAGUGGAAACCAAGAAGAAUUCGAGAUAACAUCAAUCUAUUAGAAUUUGAUGGGUUGCAUUGUCCUUUCUAUGGCUUUGUUUUGCCCUUGCGAAUCGGUCAUCCAUUGAUGCUUUAUUUUAUCCGUGUCAUUUUCUGCGAUUUAAGCUUUAAUUGGGUGAACUCAAUAAAUGAGGCCGUCUUUUCUUUGUGAUUGCUUAUUUUAUUACAUAAUCUAUUCUGCUCAUCUAAAAGCUUGUAUUCAUUUAUUUCUUGUUUGAAGUAUACCUCUGUCAAACCACUCGGUGACAGAGUGCUAGUGAAGAUUAAGAGCUCCGAGGAGAAGACAGUAGGAGGCAUUCUGCUGCCAUCAACGGCUCAGACGAAACCUCAAGGCGGGGAAGUCGUCGCUGUUGGAAGUGGGAAAACUAUUGGCCAGAAUAAGGUGGAACUCAGUGUUCAGGUGACUCUCAGAUCAAAGCCUUCAAUGCUUUUCUAUGUUUUCAAUAUCUGUCUCUUAUUUCUAAGCACAUCCUUUUUGAAUUUAGUUUGUGAAAUAUACUUUACCAACUGGACUCAUCAGGAUUCCAUGUCUAACUUUGUCAUCUCUUGUUGUGUAUAUUAGAAAUCUCCUCCGACAUUAAUGUAGGAUGAUUUGUGACAGCUCUUUCUCCCUGUGGGUUUGGGAUCACCUUUGCAUAUGAUGAUUGCUUUAUUGAUAAUGACAUUUCACCUUUGAAAUCUGAUCAUGAUCGAGCUAACUGAAUCCGAUGUUCAUGGAAUGCCUGCGCGUAUCUUCUUGACGCCUACUUCUCGUUCUCUAGAUGCUAAUUUAACUCAAAUCCGAGAGGUUUGUGGCAAGCUCUUUUCCUUGUGGAACCGGGAUCAUCCGAGUAUUUGGUGAUGACAUUCUUAUUGAGAUUUGUUCAAUAAAUUCUUUUCAAGUUCUAGCGUUUUAAAAAUGGUACUCGGGAAUUUUCAAUGCUAUCCCAUUUAAUGCCUACAUUUACAUAGAAGAUGUGACGCAGAAUUUGUCACUGCAGGACUGGGAUCACCUGAGCACAUAAUGAUAUAUAGUUCGUUAUCCAGACCUCCCGUGAAAUCAUACCAGAGUUGAUCUUUUUAAAACUGAUACGAAAGAAUCGCUCGCAUGCAUGAUUUUUUUUAAUGCCUGAUCCUGUCUUAUCUCUCAAGUCUAAUCGUGGAUGAUGUGAGGCAGAAUUUCUCUCUGCGGGACCGGGAUCACCUGAGCACGUGAUGAUUAAAAUUUUGAUGUUGAGAAUUCUUCUAUGAAAUCUUAUCAUAAUCGAGCUUUUUAAAACUGAUGCUCAGUGAACGCCUGUCUGAUUUUCCUUGAUGUCUGCUUCUGCCUUUUCCGUACUCUCUUUUGGUUUUAUCUGGGUGUAUAAGAGACAGUUUCCUCCCCUAUGGCAUUGGGAUCACCUGAGCACGUGAUGAUUCAAAUUUCGAUGUUGAGAAUUCUUCUAUGAAAUUUUAUCAUAAUCGAGCUUUUUAAAACUGAUGCUCAGUAAUCUCCUGUCUGAUUUGCCUUGAUGUCUGCUUCUGCCUUUUCCGUACUCUCAUUUGGUUUUAUCUGGGUGUAUAAGAGACGGAGUUUCCUCCCCCUAUGGCAUUGGGAUCACCUGAGCACGUGAUGAUUAAAAUUUUGAUGUUGAGAAUUCUUCUAUGAAAUUUUAUCAUAAUCGAGCUUUUUAAAACUGAUGCUCAGUAAUCUCCUGUCUGAUUCUCCUUGAUGUCAGCUUCUGUCAUGUCCGUAUUCUCCUUUGGGUUUUAUCCGGGCGUAUGUGAGGCAAAGUUUCCUCCCCUAUGACACUGGAAUCACCUGAGCACGUGAUGAUUAAUAUAUUGAUGUUGAGAAUUCAUCUAUGGAAUUUUAUCAUAAUCGAGCUUUUUAAAACUGACGCUCAGUAUCUCCUGUCUGAUUCUCCUUGAUGUCAGCUUCUGUCAUUUCCAUAUUCUCCUUUGGGUUUUAUCCGGGCGUAUGUGAGGCAGAGUUCCUCCCCCCUCCUUUGGCACUGAGACCACCAGAGCACGUGCUGAUUUAAGUAUUGAUAUUGAACAUUCAUCUAUGAAAUCUUUCCAGAAUCGAGCUUUUUAAAACUGAUGAUGCCCAGAAACUUCCUGCCUUUGUUUGGGUUCACCUGAGCACAUGACGAUUUGCAUAUUGAUACUGAGAUUUCGUCGAUGAAAUCAUAUCAAAAUCGAGCUUUUUAAAACUGAUGCUCAGCGAAAAUCUCUCCAUUGGUUAAAACUGUAGUCUCUCUCCACUGCGUGUUUAUUUAUCUCGAUCAAUCUUUAUCAGAGUUUCUGAUAAAUUCCAUGUCUCCGGAGUAGGCUGGAGCACAGGUCGUCUACUCAAAGUAUGCGGGGACUGAUAUUGAGCUGAACGGUGCCAGCCACAUUAUUCUCAAGGAGGAAGAUGUUGUGGGUGUGCUCGAAACAGAUGACAUCAAGGACCUCAAGCCACUCAACGACCGCGUCCUUAUCAAGGUUGACUUCUUCUGCUGACCCAUGUCGAUGUCAAAGACGAGUUCCUUGUGCUUGAAUAUUUUUUUAUUUAUUCCUAGAAAAUUACUUGGUUUGUCUCGUGAGAACCUCCCUCUCUUGCUGGGUCUGCUCCCGAUUUUCCCCUGAAAAUGAUCACCCCAGGUCGCCCAAGCUGAGGAGAAGACCGCCGGCGGGCUGUUGCUGACCGAGGCAUCUAAGGAGAAGCCCUCUAUCGGGACUGUAAGUCCCUCAUCUGCCUCUUCUUUUUUUUUCUUGCAGUCUGACAGGAGGAUGGGUUGACUUGGGCAGAUUGUUGCGGUGGGUCCCGGCGCCCUGGACGAGGAGGGCAGCAGGAAGGCGUUGACUGUGAAGCCGGGCAGCACCGUCCUCUACUCCAGGUACGCAGGGAGCGAAUUUAAGGGGGCCGAUAGUUCCGAUUACAUCACGCUGAGGGAAAACGAUGUAAUGGCCAUCCUCUCAUAG